CGGGGCACUGACAGCGCUGGACCCGCCGCCCGCCGGACGGGACCCUGCUGCUCCCCAGCUGGAGGAACGCUGAUACUCUGAUGGAUCUGAGGCCCUGCUCGCUGCUCCCACUCUGCACGCUGCUGGUUGCCCUCGCUCUCCUGGCCCAGGAGGUGCUGGCCCAGCGUAUUUACACCAAUACCUGGGCCGUGCUUGUCCCCGCCGGGCCCCAGGAGGCUGACAGGCUGGCCAGGAAGCAUGGAUUCCUCAACCUGGGCCCGAUCUUCGGUGACUAUUACCACUUCCGGCACCACGGCGUGGUGAAGCGCUCCCUCUCGCCACACCAGCCCUGGCACAGCCGCUUGGCCAGGGAGCCACAGGUGCGGUGGCUGGAGCAGCAGGUGGCAAAGCGCAGGACCAAGAGAGACGUCUUCAUAGAGCCCACAGACCCCAAGUUCCCCCAGCAGUGGUACCUGUACAACACGAACCAGAGGGACCUGAACGUGCGCCAGGCCUGGGAGCAGGGCUACACAGGCAAGGGCAUCGUGGUUUCCAUCCUAGAUGAUGGCAUUGAGAAGAAUCACCCUGAUCUGGAGGGUAACUAUGAUCCAGGGGCGAGCUUUGAUGUCAAUGACCAGGACCCAGACCCACAACCCCGCUACACACAGAUGAAUGACAACAGACAUGGCACGCGCUGCGCCGGGGAAGUGGCUGCUGUGGCAAACAACGGCAUCUGCGGUGUCGGCGUUGCUUACAAUGCCAGGAUUGGAGGCGUGCGCAUGCUGGAUGGGGAGGUGACUGAUGCUGUGGAGGCCCAUUCCCUGGGCCUCAAUCCCAACCACAUCCACAUCUACAGUGCCAGCUGGGGCCCUGAGGACGAUGGCAAGACUGUGGAUGGCCCAGCCCGGCUGGCAGAGGAGGCUUUCUUCCGAGGGGUCAGCCAGGGCCGAGGGGGGCUGGGCUCCAUCUUCGUCUGGGCAUCCGGGAACGGGGGCCGCGAGCACGACAGCUGCAACUGCGACGGUUACACCAACAGCAUCUACACCCUGUCCAUCAGCAGCACCACGCAGUACGGCAAUGUGCCCUGGUACAGCGAGGCCUGCUCCUCCACCCUCGCCACCACCUACAGCAGCGGCAACCAGAACGAGAAGCAGAUCGUGACGACCGACCUCAGACAGAAAUGCACUGAAUCGCACACAGGGACAUCAGCCUCUGCACCCCUGGCUGCUGGCAUCAUCGCCCUUGCCCUGGAAGCCAACAAUAACCUGACCUGGCGGGACAUGCAGCACUUGGUGGUGCAGACAUCGAAGCCAGCUCACCUCAAUGCCAAUGACUGGGUCACCAACGGUGUUGGCCGCAAAGUCAGCCAUUCCUAUGGCUACGGCUUGCUGGAUGCUGGGGCCAUGGUGAACCUGGCCAAGAACUGGACCACAGUGGGACCUCAGAGGAAGUGUGUCAUCGACGUCCUGAUGGAGCCAAAGGACAUCGGGAAGCGCCUGGAGGUGCGGCGGAAGGUGGACGCCUGCCUGGGGAAGGCCAACUACAUCAGUCGGCUGGAGCACGCGCAGGCCCGCCUGACGCUGUCCUACAACCGGCGUGGGGACCUGGCCAUCCACCUGGUCAGCCCCAUGGGCACCCGCUCCACCCUUCUGGCUGCCAGGCCUCACGACUUCUCAGCUGAUGGCUUCAAUGACUGGGCCUUCAUGACGACACACUCGUGGGAUGAGGACCCCUCUGGAGAGUGGGUGCUGGAGAUCGAGAACACCAGCGAUGCCAACAACUAUGGCACACUGACCAAGUUCACCCUUGUGCUGUAUGGUACAGCCACCGAUUCCCCCAGCCUCUCCAACCAGCUGGAGAGCAGCGGCUGCAAGACCCUGACCCCCAGCCAGACCUGCGUGGUCUGUGAGGAGGGCUACUACCUGCACCAGAAGAGCUGCCUGAAGCGCUGCCCGCCCGGCUUUGCGCCUGGCAUCCAGAGCACGCACUACGAGCUGGAGAACAGCGUGGAGCCCAUCACGCCCCACCUCUGCCUGCCCUGCCACCCAUCCUGUGCCACCUGUGCCGGGCCCGGCCCCAACCAGUGCCUGACCUGCCCCGCGCACUCCCACUUCAGCAGCCUGGACCUCUCCUGCUCCCACCAGACGCAGAGCAGCCGUGCAUCCCCCGCCCUGGCAGAUGGCGAGGGGCUGUCUGAGGCCCCCGCUCCGGCCAACCUGCCCGUCCUCAUCGCCAGCCUCAGCUGCGUCCUUAUUGUUGUCAUCUUUGUCACCAUCUUCCUGGUGCUGCAGGCGCGCUCUGGCUUCAGCCUGCGGGGCGUGAAGGUCUACGCCCUGGACAGCGGGAUUAUCUCCUACAAGGGGCUCCCCUCUGAUAUCUGGCAGGAGGAGGGCCCCUCAGAGUCGGACGGUGAGGAGUAUGAGGCCCACAGCGAGAGGACUGCCUUCAUCAGAGACCAAAGUGCCCUUUGAUGAGCCCUCCUGCCCCUCCCUCCUCCCUGCCCAGCACUGCGGGGCUGGGGCAGGUGAGGCUGAGGGGCCCCGGACUCUGCCCCCAUUCCCUUCCUGCACCGCAGCGGCCCUGGGGCUCCUCUACUGGCACCGUCCCUCAGCCCUUGCCUGGGCUGCCGGGCACCGUCCCCAGCUCAGCACCGUCCCAGUCUGGCACCAUUUCUCUUGGCCCUGUGUCUACCGUGCACCCCACGCCGGGGUGUUUGAUGGGAACGGGAUCUCUCAUGCUCACUGGCCCUGCACUGGCAGCUGUGUUCCCUGCCCCAGGUGGGUGGGUGCUGCCAGGGAUCGCACAAGCCCCCGGGGUGGGCAGUCUGUGGGGUCCCUGGGCUGUCAUUGCUCAGGCUGUGCUGGCCAGGGCAGGGGUACCUCUGAGCCCAACCCGUGGCAUGGUGUCCCCCUGCUCUUGCUGCUGUUGGCACCUGCCCUCGUCCCUGGCUUGACCUGCUGGGUCCCAACUCCCUGCCGUCUCCUGAGGGCCUGUUGCCUCCCACCGUGCCCUUCCACAGCAAUAAUGGCCAGGCCUGGGCCUCUGCUGCCUGCUUGCCCACUGCCUGCAGUUGUGGCUGCCCGUGGCGUGGCCAGGAUCCCCCCUGCCCCAGAGAGUGUGGAGCUGGGCAGCGCCUUCCCUGUGCCCAGGGCUCAGCCCCCGGUGUGGGCAGGGAUCCCUCGCACAGACCCCUGCUCUGGGCCCCUCGUGUUUUGCCCCUGGGCAGGGCUGCACCCAAUGCUGGCUGGGGCAGUUAAGCAGCAUUGGUGCCAGCACCGCCCCAGCUCUGCCUGCACCCUGCCUGUGCUGGGCAGAGCCCGGCGCCCCUGAGGCCCCUGCCCCCUGACGUGCCUUGCCCCCACUUGGUGACAAUCCAUUCUGCUCCCCGCUGGAGCCCCUGCCCUCGCUGCCCCUUCCCCGCGGGCUGGGGGCUGGUGCCGCGAGCCCCCUUGCCGUCCGCCGCCGCACACCGGGGCCAUGGCGCGGGCUCCCCCCUGCCCUGUGCCAGUGCCAGCCCCGGCUUGCCAUGGACGGAGCCGCCGGCUGGGGGCCACAGGACUAUUUUUCUAUAAUAACUUUUUGGUGCACAGUAAUUUUUUCUUGUAAUUUAAUCAGCCGGGAGCUGCCUCCUGAGCCUGUUUUUAAUUUAAUGGAUGUGGAUAUAACGCUAGAGAGACUGAGUUAUUAAAUGUUCAGAACUAUGCAAACCAGCCCCACUGCCUCU